UACGCCAACUUGUUACAGACUUCAGGUUAACACAACGAAAAAGAAACUGAAACAUACGGCUCAUUCUGCCUUGCCUACUCGAAAAGAACUGAAAGCACCCUUAACUUAACGGCAAUGGUCACUACAUUGGACUUCAUUAAAGAGACUCUCGACCGACUGAAAAAAGAGGACUUGGAGCAGUUUCGAUUGAAGCUCAGUGACCCCACCCUCGAAGACGGCACGACCAUCCCUGCUGGCAUUGUUCAAAAAUGCAAAAAUACGGGCAGUCUGGCGGAGAAACUUAUAAACUACUUCACCGCCGCCAAAGCACCGAGUGUAGUCAUCGCGACUCUACGCCGCUGCAAUCAGAACGAGCUGGCACUUCAGAUGGAGAAGAACCUCGGAAAACCCGUGACGGAAAGAAAAAAACAAACCAAAAAGAGAAUGGCAGAUAGCAAAAAAGGCAGUGAAAAGAUAAUGACAAUAAAGAAGCUCUUGGAAAAACCCAGCGGAAACCAAACAACUCCUCUAAAAUUAAGGGUUCUCUCUAUGUCACGUACAAGUAACUAUAAAAAUAAGUCAGACAGACAAAUGCAGAUGAAGUUUUUAACCUUAUCAGACAAGUCAGAGAAAAUCACUGGCAAGCUUUAUGACAUGAGCAAGACUUCAGUGAUCAAGGUGGGCCAGUGUGUGUGUCUUCAAGAUUACAUCUAUGAUGCAGACAAUCGGCAUGUGGUCAUCACCUCAAAAACUCAGGUCAAAAAAGCGAGGGAAUUUUAUACCAUUGGAAUGGAAAAAACUCAGCUUUUCAAGAAAGAAAAAGGGAACAAGAAGGAAAAAUUGAAAAUGACCAAUCAGGGCAAAGAGCAGACCAAACAAAAUCAAGUAAAUUCUGCAAGUUUUCAAGCUCCGGAUGCCCUCAGUGAGCUACUGCGCAUUCUAAAUUACGGAUCUAAGAAACAGCUAAAGAUGCUGAAACACAUUGGAGAGAAAAAGGUGCAGCUAAUUAUAGACUGGCGGAUUAACAAUACAUUCAAGCAGGUUGAAGACCUAGGGAAGAUUGACGGCAUUUCGAGAAAUACAGUGGCCACUCUAAAGGAACACUUCCUGAAGGAGCACAACUCUCAAGGCCCCUCCACUUCAAAAUGCUGCUAGGAUCAUCAAAGUAUUUUUUUCAUAUUUUAUACUGACUUUUUUUAGUCAUGUGUACACUCACUGAGCAAAUUAUUAGGAACACCUGUACACCUACCCGCUUCUCCGUGCAAGUAUUUAAUCAGCCAAUCAUGAGGCAGCAAUGCAGUGCAUAAAAUCUUGCAAAUGCAGGUAAGGUGCUAAAGUUAAUUUUCUCAUCAAACUCUGGAGUGUGAUAUCAUUAUUUUGACCGUGGCGUGAUUGCUUGUGCCAAACAGGCUGGUUUGAGUAUUUCUGUAACUGUUGACCUCCUGGGAUUUUCACACACAAGAAUCUCUAGAGUUUACUCAGGACAUCUUGAAAAACAAAAAACAUUCAAUGAGUGGCAGUCCUGUGGACAAAAACACAAGUGCUGAGAGGAGAAUGGCCAGACUGGUCUGAGCUGACAGAAAGUCAACAGUAACUGAGAUGACUAUUCUGUAACACUGUGGUGGGCAGAAAAGCCUCUCAGAAUGCACAACACAUUGAACUUUAAAGCAGAUGGGCUACAAGAGCAGAAGACCACAAUUCCUCUCCUGGCAGCCAAGAAUAGAGAGCUGAGGCUGCAGUGGACACAGGGUCACUAAAACUGGAUGACAGAAGACAAAAAAAAAAUGUAACUUGGUCUGAUGAACCUUGAUUUCUGCUGAGGCACACCCAUGGCAGGGUCAGCAUUUUAGUCCGUGACCCAACCUACCUGGUGUCUACAGUCCACCCUGGUGGUGGUGGUGGUAAAAUGGUUUGGACAAUGUUUUCUUGGCACACUUUGGACCAAUUAAUAUCGAUCAAUCAUUCCUUGAAUGUCACUGCCUGUCUGAGUAUUGUUGCUGACUGUGUACAUCCCUUUAAGGCCACAAUUUACACAUCUUCUGAUAGCUUUUUUCAUCAUGAUAAUGGACUAUGUCAAAAAGCACACUGAUUUCAUGAACAUGACAAUUAAUUCAGUGCUCUUCAUUGGCUUUCCAGUUCACCAGAUCUGAAUCUAAUAGGACACCUUUGGGUUGUUGUAAUACAGGAGAUUUGAGUUGUGAAUGUGCAGCUGACAAAACUGAUGAAAUUGUGCGAUGCAAUCACGUCAACCUGGAUCAAAAUCUCAAAGUAGUGUUUCCAACCACUUGAUCAAGAAUUUAACUGUUUUGAGAGCAAACUGAGACCAUAACCAGGGUUAGCAAAGUGGUCCUAAUAAUUUCCUCAGUGAUCUGCAAAUUUCUAACAAAUAAUGUAAUUUUCCAAAACAUAUUUAUAGCUGCAUGGUGGGAAGGCCAUGGAAUUUACUACCUGACAGUAUUUGUGUUCCUGAAGUUGUUUUUCAGCAGAGUUGCCUUUUUUGUAGAAUUUGUUUCGCUUAUCAUUGCCGAUCCCCUUCAGACUACAAACAUCCAGGUAGAGAAGAGUAUUCAUGAUCAAAGUUGUGGGAGGCAGCUCUUUGUUUUUAAGCUAUUGUGAAGUCUUAAAAUACUGUUCUGAUGUCUGCAUGUUGCUUUUUUUUUGUUCUUUGCAUCCAUACUUCAAAUAUAUGUGUGUUUGGGUUGAUUGGCAGCUCUAAAUGGAUGGUGGAAACAGACAAUUGGAUGUGUGCUAGAACAUGUAUGACUGACCUGUAAUGGAAUACAGGGCAAUUGUACAAGGCUUGUUAUUCCAGUUUUGCCAGGAAUGGAAGAACCAAUGUCAAAUGAUACCUUAGGUUGGUGUCCAUCCUCAACAUCAGCCAAAGCUGACAUGACACCUGAAUGCUAAACUGACCAAAUGUAGCAUAGCCCACCAUGAUAGCACAAUAAUGGAAUGCAGCAUUGUAGCAAAAUAUGAACAACAUUAACAUUAUUAACUAACACAGGAACACAGGUUAAAUGACACCAUUUUGUUCACUGCAUUAUCUUUGCUAAAACUGGAUAUCAAUUAAUUUCAGUUUUUUUACAGCCUUAAAGCAGGUAGUGUUAUUUUUUUGUCUUUAAUGAUUGUUUGUCCAACUUCAGAGGAGUCACAAGCUUUUCCUGUGUACAAAUGGAAGACAUCCCUUGCUGUAUGUGCCUUGGACAAUGCUUCUGGCUUCUCAUCAAAAACCCCACUGAAACAUCAUAAGGCAAUUGUCUUGUCCUAUAGACUUCCUUUGUUGUUUUGUCCAUAGGGGUAAAUAUAUACUGUAUAUUCUUUAUAUUUAUCCUAAAAAUAUAUUCUUUCAUUUUGACUGUAAUUUCCUUUUCUUAAUAUCACUGCCAUGGCUACUGUAGUUGAUAUACUGUAUUGCCUUGAGUAUUUUUACAAUUUUAAUAGAACGAGUUCUCAGGGAUGAAAACAACUUGAAGUUAAGGGUUUGGAGCUGGAUGCCCAGUUAAGACCUGACCUUGUAAGACACGAUGGCUCCACAUUCUUCUGGAAGGAUGAGGUUUCCACGUCUUACUAAGAAAGUGACAAACAACCAGUGGUAAUUAGGAAUCUUCAUAUAUCGCACCUUAAAUGGUUAACAAACAUUUCAUUUUAGCUUUACACUUAGGAAAUUUCUGCCAUUCAAGUGCUUUUUAUGUUAUAUGCUUCAGAAUGUAUGCUUUUUUUCUACUAAAAGUGUCUGUACAUAGGUUGUUAUAUGCGUUAAACACUGGCUAAAAUUCAAUGACAAAAUUCACUAGUACGUAUUGUUUUUUUAUCCGUAAGGGUCAAAAAACAGGUCACAACUUUUAUGACACAACAGGCCUCAGUGCAUGGCCAAUAGUUAAAGAAUAUUAAAAGAUAGAUGAAAAAAGUUACUUGUGUCAUAAAAUCCACAUGUUUCUUAUCCAGUCGUUUGCUAACAUUGUGCAAAACAUGUGCAUUUUGUGCAAAGAUAUUGUUAAAUAUGCAGCUGUGGUACAGCCAGUGUGUUUAUUUGUUGUUUCAUUGUUCAUUUGGAAUUAUUAUUUUUCAUAUUUUGAUGUAUUUUCUUUUAAGUUUGUAAAUAUGUGCCAUAUUUUCAAACGUACUCUCAUUCUGUGUGCUUUGUGGGUUUAGCCCGGGGAGGCGGGGCCACCCUGACAUCACUGCUGGUGAGACCUCCAUCUCUUAUCUUUCCUCCCUGGCUUGUCUUCAGGUUCCUUUUUAAUGUCUUUUUUUGUUCAUGUUUGAUCCCUUUGUUUGCGUUAAAAUUGUAAUUUAGGUUUAUCAUUUGUAUUAUGUACCCUUAUUAGUUUGGUUUUUUUUAAAUUUCUGUAUGUCUAUGCUUGCUCUGUUUUAUUCCGUGGCUGGUUCCACAAGAUGCUGGGCUGCCUGUCCAUCUCCUUCAGGGGUCUGCCUCAUGAAGGCUCAUUGAACACAGAGUUCCUGGUACAUUGUAUGCGCUAGGUGUUGAUGAGUUCUCUUGACUAUUGCUUUGUUUUCAUUGCUUUACUGAAUUUUUGACCUAUUUGCUCUGACUGUUGACCUCCCUUUGGAUUUAUAUAUUUGGGACCUUUUUGCCAGUUCCAAUCUAUGCCUGUUAUGCUCCUCUGAGUCUCUUUUAAUAUGUGACAUUUUUGUAAAAUAAAUCUUUUAUGUUAUAAAUAUUUA